AAAGGAGGCAAAGGAGUUGCCAUGCGCUCUGUCAUGCCGCUUGGGAAAAACGGAGUACUGAACACGAGGUUAUCUGAUGUGGAUGUGAUCUCUGGGGCAUUCUUGACAUCUCUGAUCUACACGGGAGAACACACGUUUGUUCAAACCCAGGCUGCAGAUAACCUGGUCCCACCCCCUGUCGGGGAGCAGCAUCUGACGGAAAAGCCCCGGGUCCCUUACAAUAAUAGCGAGGAGGAGGAUCAGAAAUUACUUGCCGAUAUGCAUCCGAUGGCCUGCUGCGUUGAAGGCGAGGUGUCUCCGCUGGAAAGAAAGGCCUGGGCUCCACCGCUCCAUCUCAGCCUUCAUAGAUGGAGCAACGAAGGACGAUCACAACGACGCCCCGUCAAAGCAACAGAGCCGGAACCAACGCCACGACAGUAUUGA